UGGCUUUUCCCCUACAGUCGGCUUGGUGUGCCUUCAGAGGAACCACCUCCUUUGAGGCUCCUCAGUCGACAAGCCAAACAGCUGGCAAGCUGGCGAGCAGGUCUUUAAGGACCAAUUCAUGAGAAUGCUGGGCACCAUGACCGGCAUGGAGUUGGAUCUAUCCAAGCUCACCGACGACGAGGCCAAGCACGUGUGGCAAGUUGUUCAGCGAGAUUUCGACCUGAGGAAGAAAGAGGAAGACAGGCUUGGAGAGCUCAAGACCAAGAUUGAGCAAGAAGACUGUAAAAGAGAGAUGCUGGAUCAUUGGGUGAAUUUGACAAAGUCUCACUGCAUUCGCUGUCUGAAAACGUUCAAGUUCCUGGUGAACAGCAGGCACAAGUGUCUGAACUGUCAGCUGAACAUCUGCAGGUCCUGCAGCCGUUACAACAAAAAGGAGGACGGCUGGGUGUGUGAUCCUUGUCACAUGGCCAGGGUCCUCAAGAUUAGCACACUGGAAUGGUACCAUGAGAACCUGCGUGAGCGCUUUGAGCAUUUCGGCAGCACCAAGGUGAUGAGAUCGCUCUUCAAAAGACUCAGUGGAAAUAACACAUACUCUUCUGAUGAUGACGAUGCAAAUCAUCGAAAACACAAUACGCAGAGCAACCCCGAAGUCCACAGCCUUGGAUUUGAUGACAGUUGUAUGGAUGCUGCAGAUUCACAACACUAUAACCAGAUGAAAAAAAACAAAAGGCGUCUCACUGUUGACCCCAUCGAUUUUGGCCUGGACUGUGACUAUGUUGCCAAACCGAGACGACACUCUCACCAGAAUCCAGGCUCUGUUGACAUCAUGAUGAUGAAUGGUGGCGUGAGGGAGUCUGACAUGGCUUCUGUUUUCCAUCAAUUUUUGAAAGAGCAACGCAAGGGUCUGGAUGUUGGGUCUGACCCUAGCUUUACUUCACAACAAGAUGACAUUGUGUACUUGGACAACCAAACCUUUCCGUCUCCCUGCAUGUCCCGACUCAGCUACUCUUCUUGUGGCAGUGGGAGUGCCGGGGGACCUCGGGGAGGUGGCAGCAGCUACUUCCUAGCCUCUGAUGAUGUUGACUCAGAGGAGGGCGAUGAUUUCAGACAGGCCAGCACGGUCUACCAGGCUCAUUUGGGAACCUGUGACCACAUUUCCCAGGAGAGUCUCAACUACUCCAACCACCCACCACAGAUCACUGACCUGAACAGACCAAUGUCAGCCAUCGAGAGCCUUUUAAGCCGCUUGCAGAUCACUGUGACCUCCGACCCGGACAUCAAGUCUCCUCACAUCCAAGACGACAACUCUCCUCUUCCCGGGUGGGAGGACGCGGACAUAGAGGAGCAUCAACUCAGACAAAAGCUGAUCGCAAUGGCGGGCGACAUAAGCGACCACAGCCUGAGUUCUGAUGAGGAAGACUCCAACCGGUCACUUGUCUCCCAAGAGAUCUUGGCAUCAGAGAUAGCGACAAGUCGAGAAGGAGACAAAAAAUCCACCAAAGUACCUUCUAGACCUACUUCCAGAACAAGUGUGGGGGUCCCCAGAAUGGAUGAGCUGACAAACUCUCAGAAGACAGACCGUUCAACAGAAAGCCUGGAGACUAAGUGGCACACCCAAGGGGAUGGCUCAAAGUCAGGUUUCAAGGGUUCAACGGUGUUACUAUUUUUUGAGCUGGAGGACAAAAUUGCUCAAGCUGCUGCUGAUGUUCAGAACACACAGACUCAGGUGUCGUACAUUGAAAACAAGAUUGCCGCUCUCAACCCUGGCGGUGUGCCGCUGGAGAAAAGACAAAAGUCUGGAGUCCUGCUAAGAACGAGAAGACUUUCCCACAAGCCAGAUGGACACGCUUGCAAGGAACUACAGAGGCUCUCUGACCACUGCGGUGGUCAUACCCAAGACCAGGGCAAUAUGUGCGACAGUGGUAAUGAAACGGGACUCAUGAGGAGAAGACUCAGCCUUGUGUGAGAUUUCAUGCAAAGACAAAGAAUGCAACAAUUGACCCUCCUGUCAGUGUUUUGUUUGUCUCUUUAGUGUGCCAAAAUGUUCAUGGGUCAAUUUUGACACAUUGUUGCAUGUUUCACCAUCAAAUAUUUUUGCUCACCUUUUAGCCCCUUGUGUCAUUGCUGGGACAAUAUUUUUCAUAUAUUUUAGUAUGUAAAUUCCAAAAUCCAUCCAUCCAUUUUCUGUAGCGCUUAUCCUCACUAGGGUCGCGGGCGUGCUGGAGCCUAUCGCAGCUAACUGCGGGCAGGAGACGGGGUAUACCUAGAACUGGUCGCUCGCCAAUCACAGAAAGUCCCAAAUAUUUUUUUUAUAUAUUAUAAAAGAAGGAAAAGCAUGGCUGGCAGAAGAUUUUUUUCUGCAUUUUGGAAUUAUUAACAUGCAACAUAAGAGGAGAGUUGAUCUAAAACAAGUAAAACCAAUAUAGAACGCAUUUAACUGACAUUCAUAUUUGUUUUUGGCUUUCCUAUACACUGUAUACACUUUUAUAUAAUUUCAUGCUAUUUUACUGUUACUGAUUUUGUGUCAUUUUAUGCAUUAACAUUCCUUGUAUUGUUUGUCUUGAUAAAAUUACAGAAAAAUAAUCAUUUAAUGUUCUCUUGAAUCUGUUUGCACCUUGUGAUCCCAUAAAGAUCUUGAGUGAUUAUU